AUGGGUAUGUCUUCACUCACAAGCUACGCCAAUGAAGUCUUAGAAAAAUCAAACAUAACUAACACUCCAGCAUCGUACGAAAACCACAAAAGACCCGAGUUGGUGUCCUUUGACGAUAUCAACUACGAGAACUUUGACGAGGUUGAAAAGGCCAGAACUUCCAUGAUGAGAGAGCAGUGGAUCAGGAACCAGGAAUUGAGAAUCACUCACGACGCCUUGAGAAAGUGCAAGCAAUACCAUGGGCCAGACGCCCAGAAGAACUGUAGACCUUUGAUCUUGAAGUACAUGAAGAUGAUCGAGAGUUACCCAUUGCAAGGCUACUUGGGCUACCAGAAGAACGAUCCCUCUUUAUAA